AUGGGAGGUCAUGGAGGGUUGAAUAUUCUCCCCUAAAAGAAGUGGAAUGUGUACAAUAUGGAGAAUAGGAACAUCGUUGAGAGGGAUAAGAGAAAGGAGAGGGAGAGAGUUUAAAAGGAAAAAAGGAAAGAACAUAAAGAGUAGGCAGGAAAUAGAAUUUAAAAGCUGAAGUAAUAGAGAAGAGCUGCUUCUCACACUCCAAGUAGAAGUGUUAGUGAAAGUCAAAGCAGAAGCAGAAGUAGAAGUCAAAGUUAAAAGAAAUAAGGUUCAUCCAAAGUUAAUGCUGAAUUGAGAGAAAUUUUGGAGGCCAAAUAACAUAUAAACUUAUUUAAAGAAGAAGAAUAAUAUUUGUUAUAGAAAGAGAACAACUAAGCUAAAAUAGAAUUGGAGAAGGAGUUCUUUAAAGACAAACCAUUUGAUUUGAGUACCAAAUUUUUGGGAUAAUAUGAUUAAACAAAACCAUGGUAUAUUUAACAAAGGUAAGAUCAAAAACAAACCUAAUUGCAACAAAAUGUUAAGCAAUAGUUGAAAAAUUUCAAAGAAAAAAAAGAUAAUUAUUAUCAGAUUUUAGAUUUGAGCAAGAAAUACUAAGAGGAAACUCUCGUUUCAUAAAUAGAUGCUAAGAAGGAAGAAACAAUAAAGGAUAAAAAGGAAGAAGAAAAUGACCCAGCUUAUAUCAAAGAAAUGAAGAAAAAAUAGAAGAAAUAUCAAAAACUUGGAGAAUAAAUCAGAGAAUUAUUAGGCAGUGAUGAUUCAGAGAUAGAAAAAAUAAGAUAAAAAUAAAAAUAACGUGAAAGAGAAAAAUUAAAAAAAGAGAGAUUACAAAGAGAAAAGGUAGAAAGAUCGAGAGAGUAAAAGCUACUCUCCUCUAUAUAUGAAUUUAAAUAAAAAUGA